AGUUCUCCCCCUGCAGGUGAAUGUGUGAAGUGCGGGGGGGCAGUUCGGGGCAGGGGGCAGGCCUGCUGGGCGAUGGGGCAGCUCUACCACGACACCUGCUUCACCUGCUGUACCUGCAGUGAGAAGCUGAGGGGGCGGAGUUUCUACAGUGUGUCUGGGCAGGUAUACUGUGAGGAGGAUUUUCAGCGUUUCAGACUCAGCUUUACUGAACGCUGUGAUUCCUGUGGAUUCAUCAUCACCGACACGGUGAUUCAGGCUGUGGGGAAAUCCUUCCACCCGGACUGUUUUCACUGUGUAAUCUGUAAACACAGCCUGCAGGGGGCGCUAUUCAGCGUUGAUGCUGAAAAUCAGAUAUACUGCAUUAAAGACUUCCAGAGGUCUGUUGCUGCAGUCUGUAAUGCGUGUGGAAUGCUGAUCCUGCCCCCUGAGGGAUGUGCUGAAACUGUACGAGUGGAGUCCAGGAAUCAGAGCUAUCACCCAGAAUGCUUUCAGUUCAUCUAUAAUCAAAGUGCUGUAAAUAAAUCCUGAAUUUAAGAUUAUAUAAUAAAGAUAAUAGGGAUAUAUUAUACAGGUUUUCAACAUUAAAUCAGAUCUUUCUGUGUUAAAUUCCUGUUCUGAUUUAACUCUCUUCAGCACUAAAUGAUGUUCUGUGCCUUUAUUUAUAGAAUAGAAUAGAAUAGAAUUAAGCUUUAAUAUUACGCCAAAGCAACACAUUUUUCCUUGGUUUCAUCGUAAAAUGGACAAUUAAAUAACAAACACAUCCACAUAACAAACAAACACAGACAAUAAUGAAUUAAUAACAAUACAAUAAAUAACAAACAUAUACAUUAUACAGUAAAGAUAGACUUCUGGUGAUGUUAACGUUUCCCUCAGUCCUGUUACCAAAACUCAUGUAACAUUUAAAAAACAUGUUUAAAAACAAGUCCAUUAAUUCCUUUGAUUUUCUCUCAAGAAAGUCUUUAUUUUAAAGAAAUGUUUGACUGCAUGUUCAAAUAACUGAUAUUUAUACAACAGUUAGUUCCGACCUCACAAUCUGAUUGGUUGAGAAGUGACCUAGCCGUGAUGAAAUUCGUGAUAACAUCACGGCCUUCUCACACUAAACCUGUAUCACUCCGCCGACGCGUUGCCGAGUAACGGUGUAUAUACACAGGACACCCGCAGCAGCGUUAGCUUAGCACAGACUAGCGCUCAGCCGCGGCACGCUCACCCGCUGCGCUGGCUCGUCUUUCGUGGAAAAAAGGGAACGAAAAUCGCUCGGUUAAUACCGUCUUACAGCCAGAACGCUAACCAGCCAGGCUAGGCUAAGCUAAGCUAAUGCUGAGCUAAAGGAAUCUACGCUAACCUAACCACAGUCCAGCCGGCUAGCUAAAACCACUAACACCACCCAGCAAAAAUAAGCAGAAAUGCUAUUUCGCAGUUUUCACCUGAGGACGACUCCACGGAGCAGGA